AUCGGAUUGAAAAACCGUAAUCCCUAUCCUUUUUGAUCUUAAAAGAAAGAUAUAUACUUUGACUGUCUAAGAUCAGCAGCUUAUUCACAUUCAUUUGCACAAAAAAAAAUGGCAUAUCUAUCUUAUUUGGCCUCCAGUUCAACAAAAUGUGCCAAUUCUUUUAUAAAUCAUCAAAGAAGAGCCUUUUCUUCCUCCUUUGGCUUGAGAAUCGGCCAGAAUUUGAUUGAAAAAAUUGUUCAGAAAUACAGUGUUGGUUUGCCCAAAUCUAAGAAAGUCCAUUCGGGUGAUUUCGUCUCUAUCAAACCUCGACACUGUAUGACCCAUGAUAAUACAUGGCCUGUUGCAUUGAAAUUUAAAGGUCUUGGUGCCUCUAAAAUUCACGAUCAGAAACAAAUUGUUAUGACUUUGGAUCACGACGUUCAGAAUAAAUCGGAAAAAAAUUUGACUAAAUACUCAAAUAUUGAAAACUUUGCAAAGGAAUAUGGCAUAGAUUUUUAUCCUGCUGGUGCUGGUAUCGGCCAUCAAAUUAUGAUUGAGCAAGGCUAUGCUUUUCCUUUCAGUUUAUGCGUUGCAAGUGACUCUCAUUCAAAUACUUAUGGUGGUGUUGGUGCUUUGGGUACCCCGAUUGUCAGAACUGAUGGUGCUUCCAUUUGGGCCACUGGUCAAACUUGGUGGCAGAUCCCCCCUGUUGCAAAAGUCAUAUUAAAGGGUAAACUACCCAAAAACGUAACAGGAAAGGAUAUAAUUGUUUCUCUUUGUGGUAUUUUCAACAAUGAUGAAGUUUUAAAUCAUGCUAUUGAAUUCCAAUCAGAUCACUUAAAUGAAAUCUCGAUCGACUACAGAUUAACCAUUGCCAACAUGACUACAGAAUGGGGUGCUUUAUCCGGUGUUUUUCCGGUAGAUGAUGUACUAUUGGAUUUCUAUGUCCAAAGAUUACAAAAAUUGGGCAAUAACCAUCCUAGAAUCAAUAAUGAUUCAAUUCAAUCCAUUAAAGACGAUAUUCCUCUAAUGAAAUCCGAUGACGAUGCUUUCUACAACAAAACCUUAACACUCGAUUUGGAGUCUUUAAGUCCUCAUAUUAGUGGUCCAAAUUCCGUUAAAAUUUCAAACUCUUUAUACAAAUUAUCAAAUGACAAUUUGAAAAUCAACAAGGCUUAUCUAGUCUCUUGUACAAACUCAAGAUUAUCUGACAUCAAAGCCGCUGCAGAUGUCAUUAAAGGCCACAAAAUUGCUCCUGGCGUUGAAUUCUAUGUUGCUGCUGCCUCCUCCAACGUCCAAAAAGAUGCUGAAGAUAUUGGUGCCUGGAAAGCUCUUUUAGAUGCUGGUGCUACUCCACUACCUGCUGGUUGUGGCCCAUGUAUCGGUUUAGGGGCCGGUUUAUUAAAUGAAGGCGAAAUUGGUAUAUCUGCAACUAAUCGUAACUUCAAAGGAAGAAUGGGUUCAAAGGAUGCUCUAGCUUACUUGGCCUCUCCCGAAAUAGUUGCUGCAUCUGCUGUAUUGGGUAAAAUUGGUGGUCCGGAGGAAAUAUAUGGCGAAAAGAUUCCAAAUCCUUCCGAAAUUAAAAAAUCAGUCACAGUCAACGAAAAACAAUCAGAUGGAGCACCAGAAUUAUCUGAUGCAGCAGCUCCUGCUCCAGCCGUUGAAAUAUUAGACGGAUUUCCAAAAAAAAUUGAAGGUGAACUAUUAUUUUGUGAUACUGACAAUCUUAACACUGAUGGUAUUUACCCAGGAAAAUAUACUUACCAAGACGAUGUGAGCCCAGAAAAAAUGGCCGAGGUAUGUAUGGAAAAUUAUGAUGGAGAGUUUAAAAAUAAAGCUCAUGCAAACGAUAUAAUAGUUUCGGGUUUUAAUUUUGGUACUGGUUCAUCAAGAGAGCAAGCUGCUACUGCGAUUUUGGCCAAGGGAAUUAAAGUUGUUGUUUGUGGUUCAUUUAGUAACACCUAUUUUAGAAAUUCUAUCAAUAAUGCUUUAUUAUUAUUAGAAGUUCCAAAAUUAGUUGAACUUUUAAGAAAAAGAUAUGAAAAUAAAGAAAAGGAUUUAACCGAAAGAACUGGAUGGUUUUUGACUUGGGAUGUUGAAACUGCCACAGUCUAUGUUAAAGAUGAUAAAGAUAAUGUACUAUUAAAGGAAAAAGUUGGUGAGUUAGGAACCAAUCUUCAAGAAAUCAUCGUUAAAGGUGGUUUGGAAAGUUGGGUUAAAUCCAAGUUGUAACUUUUCUAAUUUAGUAGUUCCUGAUUUAUCUAUUUUUUUGGUUUUUUCGGUUUUUUGUAUAUUUUUUUUAGAAAGUGUUUUUUU